GUUGGAGGACAGUAAAAAAAGUAACAUCUGAGUUCAAACAGAGGAUUAGAAAUGCACCUGGAAGAGAGGGAGAGAGAAUAACAGUGUAGACAGAGAGAGAGAAGAGAAAGGGAUCCACAUUGCUAUUAGGAGAGGCAACAAAACCCAAAUGACCCAAGUGUACUGGGAUACCACCUUGUUCAUAAGAGAAAAUACACAAUACUCCAAAACGCCCGUGGCCUGUCCUUUGCAUCUUAAUUCUUACACCCCACAUGACCCCCUGGUCCCCUUUAGGCCUUUACUCAGCUCUAUUCUUGAGCGACUACCUCAUGGCCUCAUGGCUCAUUCUUUAAAUACUCGUCACGCCCUUCACAACCCCCUCAUCACACUUCUCAUUUAGCAACAAAUAUAACUCAUCACAAUCAUAUCCCUUAGGAAUUAGGCCUUACCCAAAAUAAGAGAAGAAAACAAAAGGGAUGGCACAAAGAAAAUCCAACAAACUAUCUCAAUCUGCAUUGUUAAAACAAAUCCUUAAGAGAUGUUCAAGUUUAGGGAAAAAACAUGGUUAUGAUGAAGAUGGUCUUCCUCUUGACGUGCCAAAAGGCCAUUUUGCUGUCUAUGUAGGAGAAAAUAGGAGUAGAUACAUUGUUCCCAUUUCCUUUUUAUCACAUCCUCAGUUUCAAUGCUUACUUCGACGAGCCGAAGAGGAGUUUGGAUUUGAUCAUGAUAUGGGUCUUACCAUCCCUUGUGAAGAAGUUGUUUUUCGUUCUCUUACUUCCAUGCUUAGGUGAUUUUAUCUUGGUCACUGUUAUAUGCUAAGUCAAGAAAAAAAAACUAAAAAAACAAGAUGAUGAUAAUGGAUAUUGGAGGGUCUUAGUUUUCUUGAAGAAAGAUGGUCUUAAGAUGAAGCAGCUGCGCACAGAGAGCUUAGCUUAAGCUCAUGCAUGCUUCUCUUUUUUUUUUUAUCUUUUCUUCUUUUUUGACCUUAAAUCUGGUCGUUGAUGGAUCUCUUUAUUCUUUUAACCCAAUUUAGUGGGUUUUUGUUGUAAGUGAUAAGUACUGAUCUAACCCAAGACCCAUGAAAUUAUUUUCUUGGUUAGAUUAAUUUGUAUAAAGUUCUAAGCUUUUCCUCACAGAGCUGAAUCCUGCCCUGUGAGAGGAAUGAAACUGUUCGUUCUUGCUUGUCAA